AUGGCUCCGCAAUUCGGCUUAAACCUCACUAAUAAGAAGCCUUUGGGGCCAAAACUGAGCAACCCUCUCGGACAAAAGCGCAAGAAGAACAUUUUCGAUGACGACUCGGAAGAUGACAACCAGAAUGGAGAUGGAGCAGUUGAAGUGUCGACACUGGAUGGAUUCGAUGCGUCGGCUCCCAAACCCUCAAAAUCAUUUACGACAGCAGGGCCGCCAUCUAAACGAAAGAUGCAAUUGGGAAGUGGCAAGCCUAGUGUCAAACCAUUGAACAAGAAUUCAAUAUUUGCGGAUGAUGAGGAUGAGGAUGAGCAGAAAGAUAAAGAACAACAAGGAGAGGUGCGCUUCGGACUUAACCAGGCGCAGUCGAAGCAGCAGACGGUCCCAGGUAGGGACUUCACCAACCUUUCUGCAAUGCAUAGCAGCAAGAGACAUGCCAAAGAGGCGGAAGAGGUAGAUCCGUCAAUCUACUCCUACGAUGCAGUGUACGACAGUCUACACGCCAAGACAGAGAAGUCUGCGACCGCCGACAAGAGUGAAACACCGAAGUAUAUGGAAAACCUGCUUCGGAGCGCCGAAAUUCGUAAACGAGACCAGUUAAGAGCGCGAGAUCGUCAACUGGCCAAGGAGAGAGAGGUGGAGGGCGAUGAAUUUGCGGAUAAAGAAGCAUUUGUCACGAGUGCGUACAAAGCCCAGCAGGCAGAGAUGCGGAAGAACGGCGGCGCUGGCAUGGUCGGCUUCUACCGAGAUGUGCUUUCACGAGGCGAGGCAAAACACGAAGAGGCCGUCAAAGCCGCCGAGGAAGCUGCGCGCCGUCUCAAGGCAGGAGAAGUCACGGAGGAUACUGUGGAGUCAGAAGAGAAGAGCGAGGCUCAAAAGAUCGAGGAUCUCAACGCUCGUGGCGCUCGUGUUGCGGUCAACGACGAAGGCCAGGUAGUCGACAAGCGACAACUGCUAUCCGCAGGAUUGAAUGUGGCGCCUAAACCCAAAACUACUCCAUCGGCUACUUCUGUAGCGGCCGCCCGGCCCGCAGGACGACCUGGUGCCAAUGCUGGCAACCAAGCUGGCCGUGCUGGCCAACGUUCUCGUCAGACCGAAAUGAUUACCCGACAGCUCGAGCAGCAGGCCCGUCAAGAAGAAGAGGCAGAGGCAGCACGACAAAAGGAGAUCGCAGAAAAGGCUCGCAGCCAGAAGACCGCCAGCGAUGUCUUGAGCGCGAAGGAGCGAUAUUUGGCAAGAAAGCGGGAGCGGGAAGAGGCAGCUGCGAAGGAAAAGGCCAAUGCCAAGUAA